UCGUGUGAACCCACAUUUAGACAGCAUCUAUGAAGGUAGGUGGAUCACCUUGUUAAGCCGUUGAAGAAGAUAAAGCCGCUAGGAAUUAUAGUAAAUUUUAGAAAGCUAAAUGGAGUGAUAACUACCCAGCAAAAUUUAUAUUUAACUUCAAAAGGAAUUCAUCAACUUUAGGUAAAGCAAAAAAAGAAAUUGCACGUCGGUUCCAAAAAUUUUCUAAACCGAGAAAAUAUAUUUUAUUAGUUGAUGUAGUCAAAAUGAGCCUAUUGCACUACAUAAUCAGAGGAGAAAAUAAUUUUGCAAUAAUUCUUGACCUACUCAUAGCAGGGGUAAAUCCAAAUAGUCCAGAUGCCAGAGGAAAAACACCUCUACACAUCGCCGUUUCCAAAAAUGAGGCCAGUAUAGAAGAAUCCAAAGUUACUGAGCAAGUUGUACGGGAAUUAAUUUAUUUUGGAGCCGACGUGAAUCGUGCGGACAACUUCGGAAAUACUCCUCUGCAUUUGGCCGUUUGUUUUAGGAAUUACAAAUUGAUGAAAAUUCUUCUAAAAUGCAAUGCAGGUACAGAUACGCAGGAUCGACAUGGAAACACUGCAAUGCAUUAUGCCAUUAACAACAACCGAUUGUUACAUUGGACAAUUUAUAACCAGGAUCGUCCUGGAUAUCGAUCACAGGCCGAUUUGAAAGCAGUGAAAUUACUUAUGAACUAUCACCCGGAUAUCAACUUAUAUAACAGUGAAUGUGAAACUCCCCUGAUGUGGGCCGCGAAAGCACAGAACCUUCAAAUUGUUCAAAUAUUACUCAAAAACGGUGCCUCCUAUACUUUGAGAGAUGUAUUCGGUCAUGAUGCUUUGUAUUGUUCUUUAGAUCAAAGAGAAAUAAAUGAGGAAAUUGUUACGGAACUCAUUAAAUAUGGAAGUGAACCUGAAUACAAUAACCACCCUUUUGAAAGUCCCAUAGAUGUGUAUCUUAAAAGACUUCACAAGGCAUCACCUUCAGAACAAAAAAAGGCAGAAUACUUGUUCAAACUUUUUGUAUUUCGUAAAAAUAAUUUUAAGCGUGCACAAAGUCAGGAGAUAGCAAACAUAGGCAGAAAAACGAAAACCAAUCUGUGCCAAUACUUUUGGCAUUGCCGCUUUGAAAUUCAAAAAAUGAAAAUUGAUGAACUAGUAGCAGAUUGUACUGUUUAUGAUUUGGCUUCGAAGGGAUUUUAUUACGGUAUUCCUAAAGAAAUACCUUAUUCAUUUGAAAUUUUUGAUAAAAUACUUGAAAAACUGAAGAGAGGCGAAUAUACCGUAUAUAGUGACAUAAUCGUAUCCAGUAUUUCCAGACACUAUAUGGCUGUUAAAGCUUCAGAAAAUGGCUACUGGUUGGACAGAGAAGGUGAAAAAGUAGAAUUUUUAAAUUUUGACACACGUUAUCGCAUUUGUUACUAUUUGACAAAUUUUGAAAUGCUUAAUUUGAUGCUAGCGUUUUCAUCAACAAGUUAGUUUUUUAAAAAUAUGCAACGUCUUGUAUACAAAUGUUUAAUAGUAUUUAUUUUUGUUAAUGAAUAUUUUUAAAAGGAAGACUUAAACUAAAGACAUUUCGCUCUAAAUAAUGUUGAAAGUGAGGAUAUUUUUGUGAGUCAAGCAUUAUUUGUACCAUUAAGUUAAAAUUUUAAAUUCAUGAUCAUCAUAAAAUUUAAUGCUUUCGAUUUUAUUGUAUAAUAAAAAUAAUCUUUAAAAAUGUUACUUUUUUUAAGUAAGCAUUCAGUUUUAUGCAGUGGUGGACUUCGUAGAAGAUCUAAGAAGUUGUCUACAACAGGGAGGCCGAAUGAUUCACACA